AUGGGACAGAAAAAAUUGGAUGUCAACACUUGCCCCCGAGAGACUUCAUGCGAACCAGAUUGUUUGGCCAGGUACGUACACAAAAAAACAGAUUUAGAAUUUGAAUUUUAUACGUUCAUAAUUUUAUGCCAUGACAUCCUUAAUGGCUACAACGUUGAUGUUGUUAUCAACGAUGUCAAGAGAUUCCUGUUGGAAACACAUUCAGAGAUAAUAAUCCUGGAAAUAAGUAGAGAGUUUGGCCAACAGGAUCCAUCAGAUUUUGACAGGUAUUUGGAGGCUGAGCUAGGGGAGUUUCUCAUCCACCAAGAUGACAAUGUUUUCAACAAGACUAUAGCAGAGCUAUUGCCAAAACGAAUAAUAUGCAUUUGGAAACCAAGAAAUUCUCCUGAACCUAGACAAGGAGGUCCCUUAUGGAGUUCAUGUUACCUAAAAGGUGACUGGACAAACACUGACUUACCUGAAACAAAAUUUGAAAACAAUAUGCAGCAUUUGAGCAACCAACCACCAGUAACAUCCCGGAUAUUCUUUUACAAGGUGGAGAACACAGUGACAGCACAGGCAAAUGCUAUAAACCUGUUGUUUAGUACACUGUGGGUGGAACAACUGAAUCUACGGAUUCAACCAUUUGCAAGGUUGUUUAUAAUGGAAUGUAUUUCUCGAGGUUAUGGUGAUUGAUUACAAAUAUUUUCAUCAGACUUCAUAGAGGAGGAUUUUGUGGAUGCGUGCAUUGGUCUUACCAAUGCAAGGAUCGAAGGGCAGCUCUGAAUCUGAACA